AUGCUCCGAGGCGCUCCAGGACUAGGCCUCACGGGCUUGAAGGGAGCCGAGGGCUCUGCGGAGGACUUGGGGGACCCUCGCCUGGGGGCCGGGAGGGGCUUCGGGGUGCUGAGGGAGAACGGCGCCCCGCGUGGCCUGGGCGAGGCAGAGGAGGCGAUGAGCAGAAAGCGCGCCCGGCCGGUGCGGUCCAAGGCGCGGCGCAUGGCGGCUAACGUGCCCGCGCCGCCUCUUGCCGGGCCCGGCCUGGCGCGCCGGGACAACGCCGGCCCCUUGGUGCUACCUGCGCCGCGCUGUGCCUCGUGCUCGUCGCUUACGCACCUGGGACGGCCUAGGGCGGUAGCCGAGGCUCCGGGCUUGGCCCAGGCCUCUGGGGGAAGCUGGCGCCGAUGUCCCGGAGCUCCCUCUGCUGGGCCUCUUUCCUGGCAGCGGGGUUACCUGCGAGCCAACCCCGGGCUGGGCUACUAGCACUCUUGACCCGGCCACCAAACCACGGAGCGCACUGCACCAGGCUGGCCACACGACCACAAAA